GGUCCAGCCUCGCAGCGGGACGUUUUCAGCUUCAGUGCAGGAUGGAGAUUUCUUGGAGGACCUUUAACGUUUAUAUCUAACUUUUUAUACCAUGAAUUAUUUUUAGCCCAGGAAAUCAUGGGAAUCAGCUGGAAGUCGCUUGGAUAGAAGAUUUUUUUAAAUGUAUUGUUUUCACUAGUAGAGCAUUUCCUGGAAUAUUUUUUUUCUUUCAUUAAACGUGUGUUUGCAGUGUGAUGACCUUUAAACGCUUCAUGUUUGUGCUGCUCUGUGCGGCUGCCCUCACAGUUUCUGUGGUUUGUGGCAAGAAUGAGAGCAGCAACACUGACAAGUGGACUAGACAGAGUCUCCCAGGGCUGCUGGUUACCCACACUGCACCUUUACCCCCGACUUUGUUCAGAGGCCAUGAGGAGAGUGAAACAGAGGUGAGGGAGAAGAAGCUUUGUGGGAUAGAGUGCCAGAGCACCCUACCACUGAUGGACCAGGCUGAGCAAGAGAGGUUUCUGGGAUAUGAAACUGUGUAUGAAAAUGGCACACGCGUACAUACAGAUGUAAGUUUACAGUGGAUGAACAAGACGUUCGCGGGAAAACCACCAGUUUCUACCCGCAGGAAACGCCAGGUCUAUGGAGCAGAUGGACGCUUUGUGAUCACCGAUCUACGCUACAUCACCACCUAUCCCUUCUCAGCCACAGUCCGCCUCUCCACCAGUUGUUCUGGAGUCCUAGUAUCUCCGAAACAUGUGCUAACUGCAGCGCGUUGUGUGCACGAUGGCAAGGACUACCUGGAGAGCGGCAAAAGGCUUAGAGUUGGGUUGUUACAGCUCAAGCCAAAGAGAAGAUUGGGAAGGAGGAGAGGAGGGCGACAAAGAGGUGGGAAGAAACAAGAGGCUGAGAAGAAAGGUGAGGAGGAGUUAACAAUGGAAGGCGAGGAGAAGAAUAGUCUAGGAAAGAAAAAGAGACGGGGAAGUGAAGGUAGAAAACACGGAGGAAGAAAAAGAGGCUGGGAUGGAGAAUCUGAUGGUGCGAACAAGAAUUUUAAGAGAAGAGAAAGAGGGAAGCAAAAAGACAUCAGCCGUGUACGACGCAGUCUAGGACCGGGAAAGCAGCCUGUAUUUCGCUGGACUCGGGUUAAACGAACUCAUAUUCCUCAGGGAUGGAUCCUCGCCAAUCACACCGCCAAUUCUGUGUCCUCUGACUAUGAUUAUGCCCUCCUGGAACUGAAACGACCCGUCAAGCAAAAACACAUGGAUCUCGGGGUGGCACCCCAUGCCACACCACUGUCACGGAUCCACUUCUCAGGCUUCGACUCCGACAAGAGCCUGUUGGAUGGAAGUGGAGACGAAAAGGUCAUUUAUCGGUUCUGCUCAGUAGCCAAGGAGUCAAAUGAUUUGAUGUAUCAGCACUGUGAUGCGCAGCGUGGUGCGACAGGUGCCGGCAUUUACAUCCGUCUGAGACAGGAUGGGGCAUACAAGGGCGACAAAGGGAAGUGGGAGAGGAGGGUGAUCGGGGUGUUCUCGGGCCAUCAGUGGGUGCUGAUGGAGGGGGGUGAGCAGAGGGACUUCAAUGUGGCAGUGAGGAUCACACCUCCCAAAUACGCCCAGAUCUGCCAGUGGAUUCAUGGAGAUCUGAGUCUAUGUAAAGAGAUUUGAACUUGAGAUGAGAUGAGAAAGGGACAUCCAUUUUCACUUUUUAAGACAGUUAAAGAUCAGGGACACCGUGUCUGAAAUUUACAAGAAAUCGAUUUUCCAAAUUUGAGGUAAAAAAUGUGUCUUUGUAAAGUAUGAAACAGGUAUGAAUAACUUUUAAAGUUUGAUUUUUAAGGUUAGACUACAGUGCUUACAGCUUAUAAAAGUACUAUUACAAUUCCCAAAGCACUGAAACAGCUUUUAGCAUGUCUUCAAAUUGCACCUUGUCCAGACCAUCCACUUUUCAUCCUAUGCAAUUUUAUGUGCUUUUUUUAUUUUGGGUACGCUGCCAAAUCAAAGAAAACGGUUGUCAAAGAUCUUUUCCAGAGGUUUGCAAUGACAAUGACAUUUCAUUUUUCUUAUGAUGAAUAAAAAUAUAAGCAAAUUCCACAAGAAUGCAGAACUCAUUUCAUGCAAUACAUACUCUGCUAAUGUUUUAUAAAGUAUAUGUAAACUAUUGCAAUAUGGAUUCUAAUAAUGUAUUUCUUCAUGGAUGUAUGUCACAUGGCUCCUACAUUUCCCAUGAUGCACAUUCAGUGCUGCCAGUUUGCCCAUAUUGUGCUGAAUGAUGUUCGCCGUUGUCUUUCUGAAAUGAGCAAGGUGCCCCCUGAGAAAGUUUGAAUGCAGCAAAUGUUGCUUCAAAACCUGUAUAUCAUUUUGCAUUGCAAAUGUUUUAAGUUUCCUAUUCCAUGUGCACUAACCUUAGCCUGGUUUGCCAUUCUUAUACUUUUCCUCUUUAUUGCAAAGUCUGGUUGCUCUGGAUUAAAGUGUUGAUUUCCAGAGGGCAGUACCAGCCGACGCAGACGAAACUACUUCUGGGUGCCACUCCAGCCAAGAAGAGAGAGGAAGGUUUUACAACAAAAACUUGAUGAUCCAAGGUGCUACUAACAACUUUGCAGCCAUCGUAUUAGUGGAUCAUGGAUGAUUCUCUGUCAGCCAUCACAUAAAGUCUGUCCGUGCCCCAUUGCACUUGGUUUGGUUGUUUGGUAAGGCUGUGACUGGGAGAGGUAUCUGAUAGGUAUCUUCAUGGUCACGCCUGUGCAUGAUUUAAUGCAGUUGCUGCAUUUCAUAGGAGCAAGAGGUACUUGUCUGUCACGUAACCUCUGAUAUCUCUUGCCUGCCAAGUUCACUGUUGCUCUUAAAAUCCUAUUUUCUACCCAACUACUACCCGUAGGCUCCGAUUCUAAGAACAGGGGUAAAGUUACAGUAUACUCAUCACCCUCAAAAUCUGUAUGUAUAUCAAAUAAAUAAAGAUUAAAUAGGUUAGAUAAUUGUUCCCAAAUGUGUUUUAUCAUUAAGAAAACAUUUAAUGUCUUCAUUGCCAGAGCUAACUGACCGAAAUAAACUUAUUUAAGCUGAUACUGUAUCUGGAUUUUCUUUUCUUUAACAUGGUAAAAUCUUAACUCGGAUUUGUAGAUGUGGCGAGAAAACUAUUUUCGAAAACUUGUUUUUAGAGGUGAUACUGCUCCUGUUCAAAGAUUUUCAAUACAACAUAGUGUUGAUGCAAAGUCAUUAAACCUGUAAUUGGGUCUGUUCUAAAUAUGUAUGUUUUCAUGAUGUUAAGAAAAACAUGAUAUCAAACCAGUUUGACUGUUGGAAGUGUUAAACAAAUGUUUAUGUUUGUUUGUUUUUUUAAAUGUAGCUCCUACUAAUAAAAAAAAUAAAAAUCUUGAAAGUUUGUAACCCAAGUUGACAAAGCAGGAGCAAAUCUAAGUGAUCAGCCACAAGGGUUAUUCAGAUCAGCGUAAUUGUCUUUUAUUGCAUCUCAUCUGGACUCACAUGCAGGUGGGGAGAGAUGGCGAUGCCAUCCAUUAUAACAAAAGAAAAGAAGAACAAAGAGCCUUUGAAGGAAUACUUUGCAGACAUUAUUUACCCACAUUAUUUUCAUUAUGUCUUAUACUCAUCUUUAUUUUUCGUUCAA